AUGUCAAAAGAUGCAGGCAAUCCAGUGCAAGCAGAAAUGCCGCGAGUGUCUCGACUGGUUGAGAAUCAGAAUGAUGAGCGUUUCAUCAACUAUGACUAUCGAGAGACCCCACCUAGGGAAGUGUUGUCAUGGUUGCAGCGUCGGACAAGAGUAUUGUGUAGCUAUUUAAUAGUAAAAAAAUGUCUUCCGGUGCUGUCUUGGUUACCAAGGUAUCAGUGCUCGUUUGCUACGUACGAUCUAAUAGCAGGAUUCACUGUUGCUCUCACUGCAAUCCCACAAAGCAUCGCAUACGGCAUACUUUCCAACCUAGGACCACAAUAUGGAUUAUACUCGAACAUAAUAGGUUGCCUUGUAUAUGCGGUGUUUGGCAGUGUAAAAGAUGUCACAAUAGCUCCAACAUCGCUUACUGCUAUAAUGGUACAGGAUGUAGUGAAGGAGCUGGAAUAUGGUACGGCCUUGCUAACGUUCUUAUCCGCUGUGGUAACUAUCUCCUUCGGGGUCUUAAAUCUUGGAGUACUCGUAAGAUUCAUUUCGAUACCUGUUGUGAUGGGCUUUACUUCGGCUGCCUGUUUGACGAUUGGAAGCGCUCAGGUACGCUCCCUGCUGGGGAUUAAAACGCAAGGAAAGCGAAGCGAUUUCGUCACAUCCUGGACAAAUGUGUUCACCCAUCUAGACGAGGUACGAAAGGCCGACUGUAUUCUCGGGUGCUGCUCGAUCUUGAUUCUUUGUUCUUUGCGGCUAACAAAAGACUUGGGCGAAGGCAGAUGGCGAACUUUUUUUAAAUAUUUGGGUUUGUUACGAAAUGCGCUGAUCGUUGUUCUGGGAGCCACACUUGCAUAUUUCCUUACUGCCGAUAUGGACAAUCCUACUUUCAACUUAACAGGAACAGUUCCGGCAGGAUUACCAGAUUUCCAAGUGCCUCCAUUCUCUUACACGAAUGAAAAUGGAACUUUUUACAGUUUCACAGAUAUGUUGGGCGUAAUGCGCACGUCCAUCAUUACGAUCCCUCUGGUUACCACCCUAGAAAUUGUGUCUGUUGGUAAAGCGUUUUCGAAGGGUAAAAUUAUAGAUGCCACACAGGAAAUGAUUGCGCUUGGUGUAGCGAAUCUGCUGGUCUCAUUUUGUUCUCCAUUACCCGUGGCUGGCUCGUUCACUCGUUCGGCACUGAACAAUAGCAGCGGCGUUCGAACAACGAUGAGCUGUGCGGUAACGGCAGUGAUGCUGACACUAUCAUUAGCACUACUCACCAAUGCAAUAUACUACAUUCCCAAGACGACGCUUGCGUCGGUAGUAAUAUCGGCUAUGCUGUUUAUGGUGGAUUAUGAAGAAAUCGGUAACAUAUGGCGUACGAAGAAACUAGACCUCAUUCCGUUUUUGGCUACGGCUUUGGCAUGCUUGUUCUACGAACUAGACUAUGGUAUUCUCGUUGGUAUCGGUAUAAACUGUGGCAUAUUGCUUUAUCUGAUGUCAACUCCCGGACUGUCGAGCGAAGAGAUCCAACUCGUUGGACAACGGAUACUGCUAAUCAAGAUUGAUCAAUCGCUUGCCUUUUCCUCCGCAGAACGUUUACGCGACUGGAUAAUUAAGCGUAUUGGACAGCGUGAUAACAUUGAUCUGGUAGUGAUUGAUGGGCAUAAUAUUCACUUUGCCGACACAACUGUAGCUAAAAGCUUUGUCGAUAUAGAGGAAGAUUUGAGGACGCGAAACAUUCAAUUGUUAUUGUGGCGUUUCCAGUGCAAUGUAGCACUCACUCUCCUGCGCAUGCGAAAGGAACUGUUCAUCACAAUGCUGCGUGCUGAUGUGCAACUACAGGAUGCUGUUGCACGAUGGAAACAUCUGCACCCACUUCCGUUGGCUUCUAUUAAUUAA